CUUUGGCCAACAGCCAUCUUCUUUUGUCUGCCAUAAAUGAAAGAAAGUUUCCUCUCUGUUUCCAGCACUUCUUGCUUGCCUGUGUCUCCAGAAGCUACAUGCCUAAGAGAAAGAGCAUCCUCUCCCUGGAGAGGCAGUGCAUGGAGAAUGUGGCUAGGAACAUGGAGAGCAUGUGGGUCAAGGAUUACAGGAUCCAUCAACUGGCUGGCUCCCUUAUCCAGAAAUUGCUCCAGUCACUGAGAGAGAAGAAACUCCUCUCCUCCAGCAUGCUGGGUUCCCUCCUAUUGCCAGAAGUGACAGAAGUGAACUUGACUGACUGCCCACAUCUGAUGAAUAGUGACAUUGCCCAAGUCAUUACCAAAUGUUGCAAGAAUCUUACCUCUCUGAUUCUCUGCAAUUGCAACCAGCUUCUUCCAGGUACUCUGGCUGAACUCCUUAAAGGAUUGCCACAUCUCAUAAAGCUGGACCUGUCUAAAACCCAAUGUGAUGCACAUGUAUUGUCAGUUGCUGGCACCUGCCUCCGAAAGCUUUGUCAACUGGACAUCUCUAACUGUCCAGGGCUGUUCUCACAAUCCCUUUUUCAUCUGGCCUACAACCCCAUUAGUCGCUCCUUCGGCGGCCAAGCUUUAGAGACCAUUGUACUUGGUCCACUGAAAUCUAGGAUUGCCCUUAUAAAUCUCAUUCAGGACUUGGCCUUUCUGCUGAUAGCUUUGCCUAAGCUCAAGUUCUUGGUACAUGGUUUUCUCAUAGAGGCUGUGAUUUCAAUCCAUGAGGGGCAGUUUGAGAGAAUCUGGAAGCCUUCUAGGUUUCCUUCUCUGGAGGAAGUGGCACGGCACAGAAUGUCUUCCCACCCAAAUGAGGAGUGGCCCCGACUCACCCUGGCCCUCAAGGAAAUACAUGAUGUGAUGGAUUCCUCUUUGCCUGUGGUCUGUGCUGUGUGCCCACACUUGUCAGAAAUAACCGUGAUGCUCGGUGAGGGUCCUGACAUAGACCAGCAUUUCUCAUCAGCUUGCCAUAUCACCAAACUGACUUUGUACUGCCGGAAAAAGAGGGACAUGAAGGACCUUUUGCCGGUGAUGGAAAGACUCAGACCUCAACUGGAAUCCCUCUCAAUCAAUGGCUUUUGCUUUGAAGAUGGCUCCUCUUUCCAGGCUCUGCUGAAUCACUGUGUGAAUCUCCGGAAUCUGAGCAUUAACUUACGCACUCCAUGUGGCAAGCAACCAAACAUUGAAGGACCAGGUUGGGACUCUGACCUUCUUCCCAGAGAAUUCCCUCGGAUAUCGAACAUUACCCUAGUGCUGUAUGACAUAUGGAAUCCCAUGCCUUCCAGUCACAUCAUUUUCUUGGAACAAUGCCUUGAAUCCUUGUUGAAACAUUCCCCAUGUCUAGAAGACUUGGAGCUAGCUUACUUGCCUUUCUCCUUGGAUGAGGUGUUUCAGAAGGUGCUGGACCCGCCUGGUGCUGCCUUGCUAGCACUCCGCAAGCUCUCCUUGAUUGAAGUCCAAAUGUCCAUUGGCACCAUCCACCAGCUGUUGUCCUCAGAGAAUCAGCUGGAGCAUAUCAGCAUGAACUCAGUUUCAUCCAUAUCUGAACCUAAUUGCCAAGAGCUCCUCCAGAGAGUCUAUGAAGAGGGUCUUGAUCUGAAUAUCCUGUGGACAUUAAAAUCCUGAUGUGGACAUUAAAAUCCUCCACACUUCCUUGGGCCAAAAUUGUUUAAAUGUUUUUUUAAAAAAUUAAAGAUGGUUAUUAGGUUUUCAAUAAAGCUUUUUUAGAUAAUGCCA